CUUUCUAGUUCUUGUUUGUAAAUUUAAGCUCAAGGUUCAGCUUCUCUUGCUAUAGUAAUUACUUGUCGUUGGUUGAUGAUUGGGAGAGAAUCACUUUUACAUUUUAUAAUUCUUCUUGCUUGCUCGUUAGCGCAAUCAAGUGAGGAACGUGGAGGGUGCUUUUCUCUUUUAAGUGGUAUGGUGGAUGAUAUUAAUGCAGACAUCCAGAAGAUAACUGGUUUCAACAAUUUGAAAGUUUUGCCUCGCAUCAAAAACAUUUUACAGAAGGAUUUCUUCCACUACUUUGAGGUUAAUUUGGAACGCGGUUGCCCUUUUUUUGACGAUGAUAAACGAUGCCCAUCAUCAGAUUGUCGAGUCAAAGAUUGUCCAGCUGAAGAAAUACCUUUGGGGCUACGUGAAGAUUCGUUGGAGUCGUCACCUCACCAUAAAUAUUCAAAAGAGGCCAACAUGUAUCCAGAAGAAGGAAUCGACUGUGGGUUAGGGAAGUUAGAUAGUUCCUUAAGUGAAGAACGUAAAACCAUAAUUGCCAACUGGACUCGUCAUGAUGAUGAAGAUGAGUCGACGUUCUGUGAACCUGAUGACGAUAGCUCUGGCAAAAUGAUUUACGUGGAUUUACUCAAGAAUCCUGAACGUUAUACUGGUUACAAAGGACCUGCCUCAAAUAGAAUAUGGUAUAUGGUCUACAAUGAAAACUGUUUCAAUGAAGAUUCAAUUACUUAUGGGACAAGUUACCUAGGUCCAAGUCAAUCUUCAUGCCUUGAAAAGCGUGCAUUUUAUCGAAUGGUGUCUGGGCUGCAUAGUAGUAUCAGUGUUCAUUUAUCUUAUCGAUAUCCGUUAAGUCUUUUUUCACGACAUCAACCAAUAUCUCGUGAUUAUGAUAGUAAUAAUCCAGGUUGGGGUCCAAAUUUGGAGGAAUUUCGUCGUCGUUUUGAUCCAUCUAUUGUGCCAGAUGGUUUAACUCGAUUGCGUAAUCUUUAUUUCACUUAUUUGGUGGAAUUACGUGCUUUAGCUAAAGCUGCACCUUAUUUGAUGAAACAAACUUAUUUCACAGGAGAUGAGAAAAUGGAUAAGGAAACUAGAUCUGUUGUUACAGAUUUUCUACAAAUAAUUCAAAAUGAGGGGAGUAUUUUUAAUGAACAUCUUUUAUUCGCUGGAGAUAUUAAUGAAGCUAAUGUGUUAAAAAAGCAAUUUCGUGAACAUUUUCGCAAUAUUUCACGUAUAAUGGAUUGUAUUGGUUGUGAGAAAUGUAGAUUAUGGGGAAAAUUACAAACACAAGGUAUGGGUACUGCUUUGAAAAUUUUGUUUUCUGAUACUGUUCGUAAAGAGAAUCCUUUAGAUCAAUCAUCUACUGCCGAACCUAAUUUUCAACUGCGAAGAACUGAGAUAAUUUCCUUAUUUAAUGCAUUUGGUCGUCUAUCUACAAGUAUCGGUGCAUUAGAUGAUUUUUGUGAAAUGAUUCAUGAGUCGCAAAAACAGAAACGGCAUACCGCAUCAGGAUAAAUUGAUGACACAGUAUGUUCGCGAUUUUCAACUUACCUUCAUUCUUUACUGCUGUACUAUCGCUGUUGCUGUCAAAGCUACAAAUAUCAUCAUACAUGCGCUACUGUUUAUCAUUCGUGGUCUUUCAAAUUCGCAUUAUUACAGUCUGUUAGCACUGCCAUAGAAAACUGAUACAUAACCGUUACGUUAUGUAUGCACAUGUUGUAAGCAAAUUUUGUCGUCAUAACCUACACUGUUGUGUUAUUGUAAAUUAUUGUAUACAUUUAUGUUGUUUUCAAUGUGCAUCGAUGUGGUCUCUUCCUGCUAGUUAUUUUAUCUUCUAUUAUAUCGUAAACAAAUCUAAAGAAUGGUUUAAGUAUACGUUAAUGGGUUUCUUUACUCAUCGAAAAGCUACCUACUAAUUACUCAUUUCCUAUGAUUUUGACUGAAAAUAAGUUGGACAAAUCUUAAUGGUAGUGUUCUUGUCAAUUUAUUAUUAACCGUUCCCGCUUAGCUCGAAUAUUCACCCCUUGUUUUUCUUGUUUGUUUUUCAUCAUUAUAUUGUUUUAUCUUUUUUGUCUAGCAUUUUAUAGAUAAUUCAUCACUUCACUCAUAAAUACAAUUUUUCUUUUCCCACCCAUCCCUAAUCCAACAUGUGUUGAUUGAUUUUUUUUUUUACCUGUAACAUUCUCGCUUUGUAAACCGCACAUAAUUUCCUGGACAAAUAAAUUUUUCAUGUACGAAAAGUUCCACUUUUUAUUGUACUUUCUUAGACACGUAUAAAAAAUUAAGAUGAGUCAGUUUUUCAUUAUUAGUGUUCUAAAUGUACGAUCACGAAUGAAGGUCCCAGAAAAAGGAUGAUUUUUCAGUCGAUAUUUGUAUUGAUAGUUCGCAAUUAUGUAUAAAAUAUUUAGACAAAGCAGUUAUUAGGUGAUGACAUUUGUAUAAAUAUCAGUCCUCUACAGUAGGUCAGUUGCUUUCAGAUUGUCUGAAAUACAGUUCCUCUGUCUGGUACAAUGAUUUAAAUCCCCUCAAAGAAAAUCUGCCUUCUUAACGAAAAGUCUUGAUACAUCUUUCGGACGAGUUUUAUUAAGUACGAAACACAGGUUCAGGGCUUUCUGCAGAUAAUUCCCAAACAAAGUUCACAGCCAUGUUCAGAUCGAUGACUAUCAGUCAUGCUCAUCGCAGAACCCGGCACAAUGUGCAUCGGUUCAAGUUGCUACACGGAAUUAGCACACCGAUAUAAAACUAUUAAGACUAACAUCAGUGUAGUAAAAGUAAAAACAACUAGGUAUAGACGAUAUGGUUCGAGAGAAAAAAAAUGAACAAAAAAUGUAAAAGAUGAUUUUGAAACCCAAGCUCUAGGGCUAGGAAAACUUUGAAUACAUUUGCUACAGCGACUAAUUCUGAGUCAUGUCAGUCACACCGUCAGACAUUAGUUUAAAUAUUCGUGCUAGCUAGUCUGAGCUUACCAACACGGCUCAGCCAACCUAUCUAGUCAAUUCAUGAACUGAAACCAGAUUUAGUUUUGCCUCCAUUACCACUCGACUGCACUC